AUGCUAAAAGUGUUUGAAACAGCAGCCGAAUUACAAGAAGCUGAACAGUUAACGAGUAAUUCUGUCUAUCUGUUACCAAUUCAUUAUUCGAUCAGACAUGAGCGCCACGGUGUAUAUCCAGAGGCGAAAUGCAAAGUGUUUGGCUAUCCGGAUCAAUCGCCCUUUUUGUGGAUGGUUAUCCGACGCAAUAAGUUCACAAGGUUACUUUUCGCGUUGAUUUUUAGUUGA